AUGAACAACCAGACUGUCAUCUCCCAGUUCCUCCUCCUGGGCUUGCCCAUUCUCCCAGAGCACCAGCUCCUGUUCUAUGUCCUGUUCCUGGCCAUGUACCUCACCACUGUCCUGGGGAACCUCAUCAUCAUUAUCCUCAUUCACCUGGACUCCCAUCUCCACACACCCAUGUACUUCUUUCUCAGCAACUUGUCCUUCUCUGACCUCUGCUUUUCCUCGGUCACGAUGCCCAAGUUGCUACAGAACAUGCAGAGCCAGGACCCUUCCAUUUCCUAUCUUGGUUGUCUGACACAAAUGUACUUUUUCAUGCUUUUUGGAAGCCUGGAGAGCUUCCUUCUUAUGGUCAUGGCCUAUGACCGCUAUGUGGCCAUCUGUUUACCCCUUCAAUAUCGCAGCAUCAUGAGCCCCAACCUCUGUUUGUGUCUGAUGUUGCUGUCUUGGGUGCUUACUGUGCUGUAUUCCAUGUUGCACACUCUGCUCUUGGUUAGACUGUCAUUCUGUGAGGACAAUGUGAUUCCUCACUUUUUCUGUGAAAUAUCUGCUCUGCUCAAGUUGGCCUGCUCUGACAUUUAUAUUAAUGAACUUAUGAUACUUAUCUUGGGAGGGCUUGUUAGUGUUGUCCCAUUCUUGCUUAUUGUUGUGUCUUAUGUACAAAUUGUUUCCUCUAUACUAAAGAUUUCUUCUACCAGGGUAAUACACAAGAUCUUCUCCACCUGUGGCUCCCACCUGUCUGUGGUGUCACUGUUCUAUGGGACAAUUAUUGGUCUAUACCUGUGUCCAUCAUCUAAUAACUCUACUGUGAAGGAGACUGUCAUGGCCAUGAUGUACACAGUGGUGACUCCCAUGCUGAACCCCUUCAUCUACAGUCUGAGAAACAGAGACAUGAAAAAGGCCCUGAUAAGAGUUCUUUGCAAAAAGAAUAUAUCUUUAUAA